AUGGGUUACACUUUGACAAUAUUAGGUUGUGGUGUUAUGGGCCAGGCUAUCCUGUCGGCCAUUUACAAAGCUGAAAAGCCCACGGACGUGGCUGUUGCUGAAUUAUACCCGUCGAAGAUCAUUGCUUGCAACGGCGACGAACCUGCCGCAGAGCAGGUGGCCCAGAUGAUAAAGGGUUACGGCGAGUCCCCCAACGGGAUUGUCGUCGAGUCUGCCUUUGGCAACAACAGGGAAGCUGUCAGCGAGUCCAAAGUUGUGAUCUUGGGUACCAAACCGUUCCUCGUGGAGACCGUUCUCGACGAAGUCAAGGACGUUGUUUCGGGUAAGCUACUGAUCUCGAUUGCUGCUGGGUGGACCAUUGACCAACUGGCGAAUUACACGCCGCCAGUGUCCCGUGUUAUGACGAACACCCCAGCAAAGUACGGCUACGGGUGUGCAGUCAUUGCGCACUCUGCACAGGUCACUGCUGACCAAAAGAAGACUGUCUCGCAACUGAUCAGCCACGUGGGGACCUGUGUUGAGCUACCUGAGAAGAACAUGGACGCAGCGACGUCCCUCGUGGGAUCCGGUCCAGCGUACGUGCUACUGAUGAUCGAAUCGAUGAUGGAAAGUGGUAUCAAAAUGGGGAUCCCACUUCGUGAAUCGCUUACUUGCUCUUUGAAAGUGCUCGAGGGUACGUGCAAGAUGGUUGAAGAAUCCGGUACACACCCCAGUGUUUUAAAACACCAGGUCUGUACACCUGGUGGUACGACCAUCGCUGGGCUUUGCAAGAUGGAGGAAAACGGUGUCAAGAGCGGAAUCAUCAAGGGUGUCGAAGAGGGAGCAAUUGUCGCGGCAAAACUGGGCAAGCGUAAGUGA